GUCAUGUGAUCUGUCAGGCGGCCGCGAGGACGAGGAAGCGAUCGAAAACAACGCUGCGCGGCUGAAGGGCGCGUGACAUGCGCGCGCGCGGCGGAAGGGGCACUCGACCCGGGAGCGACCGUCGAGCGGCGCCCUGCUGAGAUGGACGUGCGGACACUCGCGCCGCUGCGCGCGCUGCUGGCCCUCGCGUGCCUCUGUGCUCCGUACUUCCGCGGCGGGGAGGGUCUCGUCCACGCGCUCAGUCUGAACGGGAAGUGGGCGCUGCGCAACUCCAACGGCUCGCUGCGGAUGAGCGCGCGCGUUCCCGGCUGCGUGCACACGGCACUGCGCGAAAACGCGCUCAUACAGGACCCCUACUACCGCUUCAACGACCGGGCCUACCGCUGGAUCGCGCUGGACAACUGGACGUACGCGGUCACUUUCUCCGUCCCACCAGAGAUCAGGCGGAAGCGGAGCGUGCGUCUGGUGUUUGACGGAGUGGACACCGUGUCCACCGUCUCCGUCAACGAUGCCGUCGUGGGGACGACGGACAACAUGUUCCGUCGAUACGACUUUGACGUGAGCCGAGCGCUGAAGGGGGACGGCAACGUGUUGACCGUGAGCCUGGCAUCCGCGGUCGAGUACGCGGCGCGGCGCAGCCGAGCCCACCGCUCCUACAAGGUGCCCCCCGAGUGCCCCCCAGCCGUGCAGAAGGGAGAGUGCCACGUCAACUUCAUCCGCAAGGCGCAGAGCUCGUUCAGCUGGGACUGGGGGCCGUCCUUCCCCACCCUGGGCAUCUGGAGGGACGUUCGGCUGGAGGCGUUCGACGCGCUGCGCCUGCUCUACUUGGCCCCCACGGCCCACUACGACCCAGACCUCUCGCGGUGGCGUCUGCGGGUGGAUCUGAUCGUCGAAGCCCUGGAGGCGGCCGUGGGACACGUCACCCUCCUCCUCCCUGAACUGUCCACGCGGCGAACUGUCCAGGUGUCCUUCCGGCCCGGACGCAACAGGAAUACGUUCGUCCUCGGUGUCAACAAGAGUGCCGGCGUGGACCUGUGGUGGCCCAAUGGACACGGCGAGCAGAGCCGCUACGAGCUGAGCCUGCAGGUGGCGCUGGACGGCGGACUUGCUGUCGAAACUCGCGUCCCGGUCUACUUCCGCACGGUAGAGCUGGUCCAGGAGCCCAUUGCUGGAUCACCAGGCCUGAGCUUCUACUUCAGAGUCAACGGGGUGCCCGUCUUCCUCAAGGGCUCCAACUGGAUCCCAGCCCACUCCUUUCAGGACCAGGUCACCCCUGAAACGCUGCGGAACCUGCUCCAGUCGGCAGCGGACGCCAACAUGAACACCCUGCGGGUGUGGGGCGGGGGCGUCUACGAACAGGACCUCUUCUACAGCAUGUGCGACGACCUGGGAAUCAUGAUCUGGCAGGACUUCAUGUUCGCCUGCGCUCUGUACCCCACGGAGUCGGACUUCAUGGAUACGGUCGGGGAGGAAGUCGCUCAUCAGGUGAGGAGGCUCAAGUCCCACCCGUCCAUAAUCGUGUGGAGCGGCAACAACGAGAACGAGGCAGCCAUCGCAAGCAACUGGUUCGGGAUCCCUUCGUCAGAACGGCUGAGGUACCUGAAGGACUACGUCUCGCUCUACGUGAACCUCAUCGGUGACGUGGUGAAGAAGGAAGACCAGAGUCGACCUUUCCUGACCUCCAGCCCUACAAAUGGGGUCGAGUCGGAACGCGAGGGCUGGGUGGCGUCCAACCCCUACGACACCCACUAUGGGGACGUCCACUUCUACAGCUACCUCACCGACUGCUGGGACUGGAAGGGCUUCCCCCGCAGCCGCUUCGCUUCUGAGUACGGCUUCCAGUCGUGGCCGUCCUUCUCCACCUUGCAGAAGGUCUCGGCACCGGAGGACUGGAGCUACUCCAGCAACUUCAGCACACACCGGCAGCACCACUUGCGGGGCAACGAUGAGAUGCUCCUGCAGGCGGCGCUGCACUUCCUCGCACCCAACUCCACCGAUCCUCUGCAGGCCUACAGAGACACCCUGUACCUCACACAGGUGAUGCAAGCAGAGUGCGUGAAAGCUCAAACGGAGUUCUACCGCCGAAGUCGGAGUGACAUCGUCGAGGGCCAGGGCCACACCAUGGGCGCCCUCUACUGGCAGCUCAAUGACAUCUGGCAGGGCCCCUCUUGGUCCUCUAUUGAGUUCGGGGGCAAGUGGAAGAUGCUGCACUACUUUGCCCAGGACUUCUUUGCCCCUGUGCUGCCUGUUGGAUUCUUGGACGAGGGAACCCUGCUCAUCUACGCCGUGUCGGACCUGAGCGGCGACCUUACGCUCCGCGUGGUGCUCACAGUGUACCGCUGGAGCAGCUUGGAGCCCAUCUGCACGGCGUCCUCCGCAGCAGCGCCGGUGAGCGGUGGCAGCGCCCAGCUUCUGUACAAACGGCACGUGGAGGAGCUGCUGGGAGGCUGCGGUAACUGCACCGCGUUCACCUGCCUGCUCACCUUCCACCUGGAGGAGGCCGCAGGGGGCCGGCAGCGGGGCCCCGCAAACCGCCUCUUCCUGAGCUCCCUCAGCGAGGCACAGGGGCUGCAGAAGCCUAGAAUCACGACUCAAGUGCAGCAGGAUGGAGAUGCGUUCGCAGUGACUAUCCGCACGUCUGCCGUCGCCCCCUUCCUGUGGCUCGACGUGGGCGACGUUCCGGGGCGUUUUGACUCCAACGGCUUCCUCAUGGUCUCCGAGAGCAGGAGCGCGCGCUUCUACCCCUGGGCUCCGACGAGUGCGGCCGAGGUGUCGCGAGCGCUGCGGGUCACCACGCUCAGGGACUUGUACUGAGGGCGGAGCCAGACUCCCGCAGGGGGUCCCCUCCUGCGCUCUUAUGUCAGUUAUUCCCACAAUGUGCCGAUUUUGCAGCACGCUUGUCGGUGAAAUUAGACAACUGUGAUGUGAUUUUGUUCAACCGCAGAAGUAUGAAUGCAGUCUUGGAGCUGGGAAUAAAGUGCUGCAAGUAAAAACAUUUAAUGUUUCAGCUUUUUAUUAUAAAAGUAUGACAGUGCAUGCGCAAUCAUCGCAGUUAUAAAAACCCUGAAAUAAAGUAUGAAGCAUACCGCCCCCCCCUCCAACACCAGGGCUGCUGUACUGGGACCUAAAUGCCCCCUUGAAGCCCAAGUGAUGCAGGAAGGCAAGUAUUCAUUUUUUACUGGACUCUGUUCCAAACAGUCCUUCACAAUAAAUAUUCAUAAGUGGCAAUAACAAUAUGCUGCAUAGUUUCAGGACAGGCACUUGUACACUUGCAUAUGCCACAGAGAAAGCAUUAGAGGGGGUGGUACAUGAAACAUCUAUAGCGCUAGAGACCACUCUCUACACCACCAGUUAUUGCCGCUGCGUCACCAUAAUAGCGGUUCCCCCCCCCCCCCCC